GCCCAGGUGACCGAGUGAAAUUGUCCUCCUGCCCCCCUCUAAAAAAAAAAAAGCAGCAGAGGGAAGGGACACAGCCAAUAGAGAAAGUUUCUACUGUGGGCAGCUGGAGUUUAACCCCGCCGCGGAAACCUGGAGGAGUGUGGACCCGUACAGUAGGGUCACCCGGCCCGAGGGGGGAGGGGAGGGGCAUUUUUCCACCAGUGCACACCAGUCAUUGGUUGAGAGCUGCUCCUUUAUGGGGGGUCUUAGUUUCCCAGGACGGCGACCAGCUGUGCAUGGGCAGCCAGCGGUACAGAAGUCAGGAGGGGUGCCCUGCAAAAGUCAAGGCCGAGGGUGCAUGGGUGGGGCCCCUGGUCAUCCGUCUGGCCGGCUGGCUGGAGGUCAUGGCCAGGGGAGGAAGAGGUAUUCCUGGUGUCUGGGCUGCACUGUGCUUGACCCUAGGGGUCACUGUGCAUGUGCCACACGUGUGUCUGCAGAGCGGUCCCCACCAGAGCACUGACCCCACCCUGCGUGAGCCCCAGGAUGCUACCCGUCACAGACCACCUGCUGCACCUCCUGCAGCUGGAGAAGACGACCUUCCGCCUGUACGCGGUGUCCGCCCUCCUCCUCCUCCUGCUCUUCUUUGUGUUCCGCCUGCUGCUGCACUUCCUGCGGCUCUGCUGGAGCUUCUACGUCACCUGCCGCCGGCUGCGCUGCUUCCCCCAGCCGCCCCGGCGCAACUGGCUGCUGGGUCACCUGGGCAUGUAUCUUCCAAAUGAGACGGGCCUUCAAGAUGAGAAGAAGGUGCUGGACAACAUGCACCACGUGGUUUUGGUGUGGAUGGGACCUAUCUUGCCACUGGUGGUUCUGGUACACCCCGAUUACAUUAAGCCCCUGGUAGGCGCCUCAGCUGCCAUUGCCCCCAAGGACGAGCUUUUCUAUGGCUUCCUGAAACCUUGGCUAGGGGAUGGGCUACUGCUCAGCAAAGGUGACAAGUGGAGCCGGCACCGCCGCCUGCUGACGCCCGCCUUCCACUUCGACAUCCUGAAGCCGUACAUGAAGAUCUUCAACCAGUGCACCGACGUCAUGCACGCUAAAUGGCGGCGUCUGGCAGAGGGCUCGGUGGUCUCCCUGGACAUGUUCGAGCAUGUCAGCCUCAUGACCCUGGACAGUCUCCAGAAAUGUGUCUUCAGCUACAACAGCAACUGCCAAGAGAACAUGAGCGACUAUAUCUCCGCCAUCAUCGAGCUGAGUGCACUGGCCGUCAAGCGCCAGUACCGCCUGCACCAGUACCUGGACUUCAUCUACUACCGCACGGCGGACGGGCGGCGUUUCAGGCAGGCCUGUGACACCGUGCACCGCUUCACCAAUGAAGUCAUCCAGGAGCGGCGGCGGGCGCUGCGUCAGCAGGGGGCCGAGGCCUGGCUCAAGGCCAAGCAGGGCAAGACCCUGGACUUCAUCGAUGUGCUGCUCCUGGCCAAGGAUGAAGACGGAAAGGAACUGUCAGACGAGGACAUCCGAGCUGAGGCGGACACCUUCAUGUUCGAGGGUCACGACACGACAUCCAGUGGGCUCUCCUGGGUGCUGUUCAAUCUGGCGAAGUAUCCGGAAUACCAGGAGAAGUGCCGGGAAGAGAUCCAGGAAGUCAUGAAAGGCCAGGAGCUGGAGGAGCUGGAGUGGGACGACCUGACUCAGCUGCCCUUCACAACGAUGUGCAUCAAGGAGAGCCUGCGCCAGUUCCCACCUGUGACCCUUGUCUCCCGCCGCUGCACGGAGGACAUCAAGCUCCCAGAUGGGCGUGUCAUCCCCAAAGGAAUCAUCUGUUUGGUCAGCAUCUACGGAACCCACCACAACCCCACAGUGUGGCCUGACUCCAAGGUGUACAACCCCUACCGCUUUGACCCGGACAACCCGCAGCAGCGCUCCCCACUGGCCUAUGUGCCCUUCUCUGCAGGACCCAGGAACUGCAUCGGACAGAGCUUCGCCAUGGCCGAGAUGCGCGUGGCGGUGGCGCUCACGCUGCUGCGCUUCCGCCUGAGCGUGGACCGAACACGCAAGGUGCGGCGGAAGCCGGAGCUCAUCCUGCGCACGGAGAAUGGCAUCUGGCUCAACGUGGAGCCGCUGCCUCCGCGGGCCUGAGCGAGGGGCGCACCUGCGGAUCCCGGUGGUCCAGGCCCCACUCAGAGAGUCCCAGGCCCCGCCCCUGAAGGCCCAAGCCCCGCCCCCAACAUCCCGAGGGCAGAGACCGCUGCCCUCCAAGUCCAGGUUCUACUCCUGUAGGACCGGGAGCCGCUGUUGAGCGGCCCGAUGGUGCUGGCCACGCCCCUCAAGGUGAGGCCCCGCCCCCUGAGGGUCUGAUCCCGCCCCUCGAGGUUUAGGUCCCGCCCCCUGAGUGUCUGCACCUAUUGUUCUGCUUGAGGGACCAGACUUGGCCACGCCCCCUAGGGCUCAGGCCCCGCCCCCAGGAUCCUGCGGCUUGUCCUCUGGCCUCACCCCUGCGGAGCCAGGUCCCCAGGCCAUGCCCACCAAACCUUCUGAGGACCUGAGACGCACCCCCUCCUGGCUGGACUCCCAGGCUAGCUUCUCAAUUGAGGACUUGGAGGCUGGAGGGUGAGAGCCCCGAACCCGUGACAUCACCCUCUCGAGGCCCUCAGCUCAGAGGGCGAACUGCUCAGGCGGCAUCCCUGAGCAAACUGGGGCUGUCUGCUUCUGUUGUUGUUUUGUCAGCCCAGACCCCUUCCUUCCUCCCUUGUGCAAAGGCCCUUUGCUGAGUGUUCUGAUUUUUGUAGAAUAAAGGCAAGGGAUGCACAUACCCCACCCACCCCUCCGCCCCUAGCCCAGCCAGCCCCUUGUACCUGUAGCCCUGCACUCCAGAAAUGAGGGGCUCUAGGCAGCUGUGAAGCAACUGAGGGAAGCCGUGGGCUAGGAGGCUGGGAAGCCUCUGUCCUAGGACAUAAACUCAUAUUUUUUU